CCCCUCCGUCAGAGAGGCUAAAAGGUCCACUGGACACUGUCUAUCCCCGUCUCUACUUUAGAAACACCCCUUUAGCAUUGAUGCCCACCUCCUCUUGACAACUCAUCCCACCUGAGAUCUCCACCCGCACUCCCUCACUAUCUCACACCUAUGUCUUUGCGACAGGUGGACAGAGGUGGCAAGCGAAGUUGACUUUACCAGCUGAGUUCGCGGUUCGGUAAAGAUCUGUCGCGUGGAUUCGUCUAUUGAAAUCCUUUUUUUUUGUGUGUGUUUGAACUGACUCCUUGGGUGCUUUUGGUCAGCCUACUCAGCUGACUACAAAAGCGAGAUCAUUUUUUGGGUUACUUUUUUUUCUACGUUCGAAGAGGACUGAAAAGGCAAAACCCUUUUCUAAGCUCACACAGAUUUCUUUUCAAAGAAUUGUCUUCAUCUGGUGGAGAGGUUCAAUUCAAAAGGCACCAUGUGGGAGUUCCGGUCUAUGAAUUUUUGGCGGGCGGUCUUUGCAGAGUUCUUCGGGACCAUGUUCUUCGUAUUUUUUGGCAUGGGUGCUGCUCUGCGCUGGACCACGGGCCCUCAUCAUGUCCUUCAUGUGGCCCUGUGCUUUGGACUGGCAGCUGCCACCCUCAUCCAGUCCAUUGGCCACAUCAGCGGCGGCCACAUCAACCCUGCCGUAACCUUUGCCUACCUUGUUGGCUCACAGAUGUCUCUUUUCCGCGCCAUUUUCUACAUUGCUGCCCAGUGCCUGGGAGCUGUAGCUGGGGCUGCCGUGCUGUACGGCGUCACGCCUGGCAACAUGAGGGGAAACAUGGCGAUGAACACGCUGCAGCCUGGCAUCAGCCUGGGGAUGGCCACCACCGUGGAGGUUUUCCUCACCAUGCAGCUCGUCGUCUGCAUCUUCUCUGUGACUGACGAGAGGAGGAACGGCCGUUUGGGAUCUGCUGCCCUCUCCAUCGGCUUCUCUGUCACCAUUGGACAUCUCAUGGGGAUGUACUACACCGGUGCUGGCAUGAACCCUGCUAGGUCCUUCGCCCCCGCCAUACUCUUCAGAAACUUUAUCAACCACUGGGUGUACUGGGUCGGGCCUAUGAUAGGAGGAGCCAUGGGCGCCCUCCUGUACGAUUUCAUGCUGUUCCCACGCAUGAGGGGUCUGUCCGAGCGCCUGGCCACACUGAAGGGCAGCCGGCCCCCAGAGAGCGAGACCCAGCAGGACACCCGCGGGGAGCCCAUCGAGCUCAAGACGCAAGCCCUAUAAACCGGCCCCUGCCCCCUUCUCUGACUGGGGCCGAGGGACGAGGAAUGAGGGACAAGGCCCUGAGCUACACCAACACCACCUCCACUGCCCCCACCCCAAUGCCUUCACACACCAUCGCACUAUACUAAUCUAAAUACUCGCUCGUAGACUAACACAUAAUACGAUUUUCAACUGUAAAAAACCGACGCAUGUACAGGUUCACCCUCUUCAACCUCAACACACAACAAGACUCCUCUACCCCCAGUCCUCACUCUGUAUUCUGAACUGGACAUUGUGUUUUUGAUAAAUGGUGACCAGAGCCUGAACCAGUAGCCGUCUCGUCUCUCCCUUCCUGCCCGCUUCCUCCUUCUGUCUGCCAGGCCUUCGUCUGCAAAGCAGUGAUGCUUGGAAAACCCUGAAAUCCAGCAGAGGGGUUAGGGGAGGCGGGUACUGCAGAGGGAGAGAGAGUGGAGGCAGGACGGAGGGUGAGGCAGGGAUGUGGGUAUGAUAUGAGAAGGGAAAGAGGGCAUGGGGCAGGAGUGGGUGGAGUGGAGGGGUGAGGGUCGGGGUGUGGGUAGGACAGAGAGGGCAACACUCUGGGUUUGUGGUCAUUUCAAGUUGGGUUAGACCAGUGAAGAUGGGCAUGCUUUUCAUUAUUCACCAGAAUUUAUCUCCAUUUUAGUUUUUUGUUUUGUUUUCUGCACUUCAGACUCAAGAUGUGGAUGUAUGACACCAUUAGAUUUGACCAGGGUUUCAGUAUUUUCACUCACUACAUUUUAUCUGUGGGUUUGUGCUUGUGUGUGCGUGGACACCUCUGCAGCAUGUGUGUGUGUGUGUGUGCGUGUGUGUGUGCGUGCGCGUGCGUAUGCAUGCGAGUGAGCGCGUGCAUGUGUGUGCGCGCCCGCCCGUGCGUAUGAGUGUGUUUGCAAGUGAGUGGGUGUAUAUGUGUGUACGUGUGUGAUCACGAUUUGCAGAUACAGUACUUUUUAUUUCGUUUUUAUUUCCAUUACCGCUCUCCUGUCUCGUACCAACAACUGUGUUCAUUUCGUCAUCAAUUUUUAAAGAUCAUUUCUCCUCCCCUCACUGUGCUAUUUGCUAUGAUAUCCAUUUUUACAUAAACCAUCUGCUUUUUCUGUUCUGAACCAGCGCAAUCCAAAGCAAUGUUGUAUCCCAGACUUCAGUAGUAGGUCUGCAGAUCGGCUGUGCGAGCUUUACAUCGAGUCUCCUUUUAUUAUUUGAUCCUUACUGGGAGCACAAGGCGUUUCAAUAAAACUUUCAA